UUUAUACCGUUGUGUUUAAUUUAAUUCUACUAUUGGAAAGCAUUACCUUUAUGAGUAUACAUUUGUUUUAUAUGUGUGCUUUGUUUUACAACUUGUACAGCUCAAAUUAUCAUGUUGAUUUGACAGUAUUGUCAGGUGUUUAAAAGUAAAAAGUUACAUUGAUGUUAUCAAAAUAGGGAGCAUAAAUUUUUGAAUGAAGCGUCAUAAUUGUGAUUAGGAUCUUUUUCGGCUUUGUUUUAAGUGUUUUUCAGUGUUGCUACCUAUCAGAGAAGCAAUCUUAACAUUUAGUAUUCAACAUUGAACAGCUAUCAUACCAUCGUCAGUAUCAUAGUAUCUGUGAUAAUGUAACACCAGUGUGCCGUCAAGUGGAACGUUUGGUUUUACGUCUAGUAUAACAUUUUGAGCGGAGGCCGGAACGUUAUUGACAAAAGGCAAAGCUUCAACACUGUGGUCAAAAGACUUUGAAUGCAUGAAUCCUUGAGGUGUUUAGUCCGCUGUGGUGUCAUGCAAGGGAUCAAUCGUAAAUGAGACUCGGAAUAUGAUAGUUGGGUAGUGCUAUAUGAUAGGCUUUGGAAGUGUCUUUUAACACUCCUAUUUGUAGCUCGGGCCUUCAGUGUGAUUUUGAGCUUCGUAACUCACAUGUGGCUUCUGUGCUGUGGCAAUACAUAUAUAUACAUGCAGGAUUGUUUUGAUUUUGAACAAUAAUUGUUCUGCUGUUUCUAAAAGAAUUGCCUGGAGAAAAAAUAUAAUACAUUGAGAAGGAUAUUGCUUAGAGUUUGUGAUUUGUGUGCAAGGAGUUUGUAACCUGAACAAUAUAUUACAAAGGAUUUCUUUUUAAAAUUUUAUAAAGGCAUGAGGUAUAGAGAGCAAAUACAGUAAACAAUGCUGCAGCUGAGGAGUGAAUAGAAAGAUUGUACAGAAAACCAACACAAUGAUUCCUGUCAUCCCUCCUAUGCCGCGAGGCAAAUCUUUGUCCAGGGUUGCUCUAAUGAUUGGAUGUAACCUUUUUUUCCUGGUAUCCAUGGUAGCGGCCCAGGCUCCACCUCCAGACUUCGUUUCCGAAAUUAUGUUUACCAUCAAUGAGCAAUUAGAGCCAGGGAUUUAUGUUGGAAACAUCGCUGCAGAGUCGAGGCUUGGGCAAAAUAAUGGAUACAGCUUUAAACUGGUCGGCGCUAAUGAAGCUCUUUUGACCUUGAACUUGACAACCGGAGAACUGCAGACAGGAAGAGUUAUUGAUAGGGAAGUUGAGUGCAGAAAUGAAAUUCAGUGUGUAAAAGAAUAUUCUGUCACCGCCUAUAAGGAUGCAGUUGUUUACACAAUAAAAAUUCAACUUAAUGUUACUGACAUCAAUGAUGAAACUCCAACAUUCGAACCAAAGAAUAUGACCUUGAGACUUUCUGAGCUUACCCCAAUCAAUACAAUGAAACCUCUUCGUUCAGCAGUGGAUUUGGAUAAAGGUCCAAAUAACGGUGUUGCUCUUUACGAAUUUUCUUCAUUUAUUUUGCCCAUUGAUGUUUCUCAUUUUGAGCUUGUGGUAAAUAUGACAACGAAUACUGUGAAUUUAAAUCUAGUGAAGGAACUAGACCAUGAGACAAAAAGCCGCUAUCAGUUACAUGUACUUGCUAAAGAUGCUGGAAACCCCAUCAGAACUGGAACGCUUACAGUUGAUAUUGAAGUAAUUGACGAAAAUGAUAAUAAACCAGAAUUUGAACAUUCUAAAUUGAACAUUUCGGUCACUGAGGACAUUUCUGUUGGUAAGAGCAUAGUAACUCUUAAAGCCUCGGACAAAGAUUCAGGAAAAUUUGGUCAAGUUCAAUAUGCCCUAUUAGAACCUACAACUUACUUAAGUGAGCAUUUUUCUGUGAAUGCAACAAGCGGUGAACUUAAAGUGAAGCAAAAACUGAAUUACGAAGCAGGAAAUUCACAAAAAACAAUCUACAUUGUUGCCAGUGACAGGGGUGAAACAGCACUAUCCUCUACUGCCACAGUUUUACUUACCAUCAAAGAUGCAGGCAAUAACCCACCAAAGAUUACAACAACAAUAUUAGGUGAAGAAAAGUCACCAAAUGAGUUGCUUGUUUCCGAGAGUUCAAGCAUUGAUAAAGCGAUAAUGUACAUCAGUGUGUCGGACACAGAUUCUGGUGACAAUGGUAACGUCUCUUGUAGUAUUGUUAACACAUAUUUUGGCAUCAAGAGAAACAAUAAUCCAAAUGACAAUAGCAUUGCAUACAGGGUGUUUGUGCAACAUGAAUUGGAUCAUGAAACUAAACCUGAACAUAAUCUGACUGUUCGAUGCUAUGAUCUUGGAGGGUUGUCCACUUCAAAGGAUUUCAAGGUCACUGUAACUGAUGAAAAUGAUAAUACACCUGUUUUUGAAAGGUUCAUCUAUUAUGCCAAUAUAGCUGAAAAUAAUACUUAUGGUGCUGAAAUCUUAAGACUUAAGGCUACGGAUGAGGAUAGUGGAAGAAAUGCUGAAAUCACAUACCAAGUUAAUCAAACCAAAGACUUUGAAAUUGUUGUUGAGAAUGAUGUUGCUGUUGUAAGAGCGAUUACUGUCCUGGAUCGUGAAAAAUAUCAACAAAAAGUGUUCCAAGUGUUUGCCAUCGACAAUGGUAAUCCAAAGCUAACUGGCCAAGCAACAGUGCAACUUGAUAUUCAAGACAUCAAUGACAUGAAACCAGAGUUCACAAACUUGGUAAAUCACAGGUAUGAGUUCCAUGUUGCUGAAGGCUUGGAAUCUAACACACAUGUAGAUUAUGUGACUGCUAUUGAUGAAGAUCAGGGUGAUAAUCAAAGACUUAAAUAUGAGAUGGUGCCCAAAUAUGCAGAGAACGGACGAACUCCUGUGCCUUUUAUAGUGUUGGGCAAUGGCGAAAUUAAAACUACUAUGGAAUUAGAUAGGGAGAAGGUGGACAGCUAUCUUUUCCAGGUUAGAGCAGUGGAUUUUGGAAAGCCUGCUCAGAGUAGCACUGUAGAUGUUUUUGUCUUCGUUGAUGAUAAAAAUGACAAUAAUCCAGUGUUUCUGUUUCCAACAGAAACCAACAACACAAUUAAUGCAUUUAAUGAGGUAUCGGACAGUGAAAUCACCACAUUACUUGCAAUGGACCAGGAUAAUGGAAUAAACCAUGAACUGAUUUACUUUAUUGUUGAAGGGGACCCCAAUGGUAUUUUCUCUUUGGACGCAAACUCAGGAAAGCUUUACAUCAUCAAGUAUGUCCAAAUCGCUGCUGACCAAAAGUACACAUUGCUUGUUUCCGUCUAUGACAAAGGCAAACCUCCGCUUGCAGACAAGCAAAUGUUGAUCGUUAACUUAAAGUCUACAAAUGGCAGUCAGGGAUUAAAAGCAGAUGAUGAAGAAAACAGUAGCUAUGUCAUCAUCGUCGUUACUGUCGUGUGCAUAACAUGUUUGCUUUCAAUUACCAUUAUUACUGUAAUCUGCCUUAUACGCCGUAAGGACAUUCACAAGUGUGGCGUAAAUGGAAAAAUUGCAAAAAACAUCCAUAUUCCUUCCCUGGCUAAUAAACUUGUCGGCAGAAAGACUCCUUCCGAGCAAGCACUAAGUAACGAUAAGACGUACCCGCCUGAAAAUGGGCAACGGAACAAGAAGGAAGUCAGUUUUUCUCUGGACGACAGGGACAGUCUUUCCAGCAAUGAUUAUAAAAACCUCACACUCAAAGAAAAGGGAGUGUUUUCAAGUCGCCAGACAACCCUACACGAUACCCCUGAGGAGGGAGGAGAGAUAUCUCUGAACCAGCCAGUCAGCAUCCUCCGUCCCCAACCAUUCAACCAAUCACAAGCAAACAAGUUUUACGACCACCCUGAUGUACAUAUGAACACAGUUCCAAUUAGGAAAAGAAAGAAUGUGAACCAUCAGCGUGAGGACAGCCACAGUGAGACGUCAGGGGAAACAACUACGAGUCACGACAGCGGCAAGGGUGGAAGUGUUGAGGGUGACCAUCCAGAGCCACGAUUUAAUAUGGACAUCUUGAAUCCAUCAGCAUACCUGAUCAAAGAGGGGCCUAACAAUCGUCCCCCAGCUGUGUAUCCACCAGCACAUCGAAAUGUCCCGCCAAAUACGCUCCCAUUGAAGACAGAUCUCCAGAAAUCAUCAGUCCAUUAUAGUGACAAACAAUUUUCACCAAAAAGCCAUGUGGCACAUAAUAGUCAUACAUGGAAUAACCCAAAGAGGUGCCAUAAUUUGAACUCUUCUAGUAGUUACCCAGACUCAGACUAUCAGAGUACCAGCUCAAACUUAAACUUUAGUCAAGGGCAUUUAAAGCCAAGCAGAGACUCGAGUUAUCAGUAUAGUGCAAAUAAUAGUUUCCCAUCUCCAAUACAUACGGGUUAUAAUAAUCCAGCGUACGACUUUCAGUUUCGAUGCAAUAGCACAAGAGAUGAUGAUGAAACAACAACGACAUCAGGUAGUUACACGAUAAACCAUGAAGAUGUUGAUGACGAGUUACGCUAUCGGACUUCUCAAGUUGUGUAGACUGUUGUGUGAACUGCAUUUCAAUAUAUAUUCUUUUUCCAAAAUGUGCCAAAUAAAACUUUGAACUAUAUAAGAAGUUCAGAGCUUUGCUGAUGUCAGUAACAGUUCAAAAUAUAACCAAUGGUUAAGGUUUAUGCAGCUCUGUCAAUGGAGUAGGCUAUGUAUCUUGUUUAAAAGACAUCCUCUACUAGAAAUGUACCAGACACUGGCUGUUGGGAACCACUGGAGACUGGGAUGAGGAGCUUGGAUAAACAGGAUCAGCCCCUUCAACAAGCUUACAAACUGAAAUAAGAAGCAGAAGUGGUCUGCCUUGGAAACCACCAGUCUGUUGUGUACGAAGAUGCAGUGGUGUACCAGUUGACUUUAAAUGGCAUUUGUUCAUCAUACUUUAUUAUAUCAAAGACAUUAUACAAUUUUGUUUGUUGAACACCUUCUUUAACACCAACUUACUGAUCUCAAAGACUUGUGUCAUAGCUGACUUGUUUUGUCUUUGUUUUCAUGUCAUGCAUUCAUGUAAUAUCAUGUACUGGAAUGUCAUGUCAUGUCUAGCAUUGAAUAUAUGAUUAUCUCAUGAAUUGAAGUCAUGUCAUGCAUAUUAUUGGUGUCACAUCAUGUAUAUUGAUAUUUAUAUCAUGCAUUGAUUUCACAGUUUGAAUUCCUGUCACAUCAUACAACAAUUUCACAUUUAUAAGACAUUUUAUAUUCUAUUGUUAUAAAGUUUAUUUCGGGUAACCUGUAUUAUGAUCCUGUAGCAUAAUCGGUAAUAAUGUGUUCAAAACUUUUAAACCUGAUUUUAAUUUACUUGAUGUUUGCAUUUGAUACUGUUGUCCUGUUGUUUCCUUCACACAAUUGUAUGUGGGAAAUCUUUCUUGAACAAAUCUGACCAGGUUUUGCAAUAAUGGGAAUUUUAUUCAGAAAUAAUCAACUACCCAAUCAACAGUAUUGAUUGAAUACCUGAUGAUGUUAAUGGCUAAUUUUCUACAAUAUAUGAUACUCAAGUUCACUUGUAUCAGCUUUAAAUAUAUCACUUCAGUUGGAUUGUUUUCAGGUUUUGUAAUAUAAACCUAGAUAUUAAUGAGAACAACAUGUACAACUCUCAAUAUGUUCCCUUUCAUAUAUUCAGUUAAAGUGAUGAAUAAUAGUGCUAUAUGUUAACUUUAUGAGACUAUUAUUUUCAAUGUGUAGAAAUAAUUCAAAAUCAUUGUAUUUUCUAAAGAAUUAAAUUGUAAAUUUAUAUUUAACAAUGAAUUAUUUUAUGUAUUACUGUUUUUGUAUUGUAAAUAGAUCUUUUUGUUACAUGUGACUAUAAAAUGAUGAAAAUAUUACUAGAAAAAUAUUAAAAGC